CCACACCGUUUCCCCCCUUUGUAAAAUAUAAGAGUCUGGUAUUAAAAAAUUUGGUGAUUCCUUUUUGUGGAUUCAGAGCUUUUUAAUUCAGCUCACUCCUCCUCAAUUCCAGUCCACAUUCAUUGCACAUGUUGCAGUUUUGCCUAAUUUUAUAACCUAUCAUUCUUCACUCAAUUUCAUAUUUUUUCCGACUACUUGGUCUUCCCCAGCUUCGAAUUCUAGCAUGCUUGCGUGUUCCUGAAAGAUUUGGAGGAUCGCUUCUUUCAAUUUCCUAGAUCUGGGUCACCAACCAAUAUCAACUGCUUCAUUAAAAGUCAUAGAAAGUUAAUGAAAUAUGUUUCAGCCCCAGGGUGUUCCUAGUUCAAGCUUUGUGCAAAGCAUUCCAAUUGCUCGAAGUCAGCCAUUAGACCGUGUUGAUACCACAAUGGAUCCUAUGAGUGGAUCUAACAGUGGGAGCAACAAUCAAAGUUUAGCCUCUAAGCAGCGGCUCCGUUGGAACCAUGAGCUUCAUGAACGGUUUGUUGAUGCUGUCGCACAGCUCGGUGGGCCAGAUCGAGCUACUCCUAAAGGUGUUCUCAGGGUUAUGGGAGUUCAAGGGCUUACAAUUUACCAUGUAAAAAGCCACUUGCAGAAAUACCGGCUGGCUAAGUAUCUUCCAGAUUCUUCUUCUGAUGGGAAAAAAGCUGAUAGGAAAGAAUCGAGCGAUAUGCUUUCUGGCUUGGAUGGUUCAUCUGGUGGAAUACAAAUAACUGAAGCGCUCAAACUGCAAAUGGAAGUCCAAAAGCGACUGCAUGAACAAUUAGAGGUGCAAAGACAGCUACAGUUACGGAUAGAAGCCCAAGGAAAGUACUUAAAAAAAAUUAUUGAAGAACAGCAACGCAUAAGUGGAGUUCUUUCAGAAGCGCCUGGCUUAGGGGCUUCCGCUCCUGAGACAAAUGACAUUUGCCCAGAAUCUGAUAAUAAAACUGACCCUGCAACCCCAGCUCCAACAUCUGAAUCACCUUUUGUGGACAAGCUUGCGAACGAACAUGCUUCUGCAAAGAGUUUUUCUCUUGAUGAAUCCUUGUCCUCUCAUCAUGAUGAGCCUCUAACCCCUGAUUCUGGCUGUCAUGCUAGUUCACCAGUUCAGAGCCCUAAUGGGAGACCAGUGAAAAGGAAAUGCAAGAGCAAUGAUGCGUUGUUCACUAAACAAGAGAUUGCUUCCUCCCAUUCAAUACUGGAGUCGAGCUUAAACUCUCCUUACCAACAGCCGCAUCCUCUUUUAUUACCAAGUGAGCAGUUCGAUCAUUCAUCAGAACUACCCACUAGUGAUGAAUACCAAUUGCGAAAGCUCUCUGGUGAUAUGUAAUUUCUCAGCUUCUUAGUUGUCAUCAUGUAUCUCUAGUGUCUAAUGUAUACAUAUAAUUGCAUUAAGAACCAAUGCAGUAUUUAGAUUGUAAGCAGAAAGCUAGGUUUAGUUUCGACUUGACUACACUUGAAACUUUGCAUAUAAGUGGGUGAGAUUGUUUUGUAA